GGAUCACUCGUGGCAGCAACUGCGCGAAAAUGCAUUCACCACGGGUUUUCAAAGACUACUAGUGUGUAUUUGUUGUAAAACCAGUCGAAUUGUGCAGCCGAGGUGCAGUUUAGAAAGGGCUCAGCCUAUGCUUGGGCAACUUUCUAUCUUGAAUCAAUUUAGUCUACUGUUGUGAAAUCUUUCUUGAGUGGGGGUUGCCCCUAUCGGACCGGUUUUACCCCCUCCACUCCCUCCCUCAAGAAGGCAACAGGCGGUACCCUCAUGAUACCUGCACUGGUUUCACAUCCUCCUAAUCAUCCAUCUUGUACCACCAACGUCUGUAAUUAUAUCCGUAUUUAUAAGACACUUCAACUAAAGGAUUGCUAAAGUGAUUGGACAUGGAAACCAGUCAUUGGUCAAACACUGGGAUUUUUUAAGUAAUCACAUCGGAUAAUGCAGCUUGUUCACUGAUCAACUGUUUCUGGAGGAUUUGCACUUUCUGGAGUCCAUAAUUUGGCUGGAUUAUUGCAGUUUCUUUUUGGCACCAAGAUUUUGCAUCAAGGAUUUUUAGACAUGGGUGACAUGAAUAAUGCGGUGAAGUACCUUCCAAGCAAAACAACAGAUGAUCACCAUGAAGGGCAUUUUGACUGUACUGUUGUAGAGCUCCGUAAUCUUAUGGAACUGCGAUCUACGGAUGCUGUACAGAAAAUAGAAGAGUGUUAUGGGAAUGUCGAAGGACUUUGUGCAAGGUUGAAAACCUCACCUGUAGAAGGGUUAUCUGGCGAUCCUGUAGAUCUCAACAAGAGGCAUCAAGUCUUUGGGGAAAAUUCUAUACCGCCAAAAAAAGCAAAAACUUUUCUUCAGCUAGUAUGGGAAGCUCUACAAGAUGUCACCUUAAUUAUUUUAGAAAUUGCAGCCAUAAUAUCACUAGGCCUUUCUUUCUAUAAACCUCCUGGAGGGGAGAAUGCAGCUUGCGGUAAAAUUACAGAGAACCUUGAAGAUGAAAGUGAAGCAGAAACUGGUUGGAUUGAGGGAGUCGCUAUUCUGGUUUCUGUUAUUUGUGUGGUACUGGUUACAGCAUUUAAUGACUGGAGUAAGGAAAAACAAUUUAGAGGUCUACAAAACCGAAUAGAACAAGAGCAGAAAUUCACAGUGAUAAGAGGUGGCCAAGUUAUCCAGAUACCUGUGGCAGAAUUGGUGGUUGGUGAUAUUGCUCAGGUUAAAUAUGGUGACCUCUUACCUGCUGAUGGUGUACUUAUUCAUGGAAAUGAUCUAAAGAUUGAUGAAAGCUCACUUACUGGAGAGUCUGACCAUGUGAAGAAACGCCUAGACAGAGACCCACUGCUGUUGUCUGGUACCCACGUAAUGGAAGGUUCCGGGCGAAUGGUAGUCACGGCUGUUGGUGUAAACUCUCAGACUGGAAUCAUCUUCACUUUGCUAGGGUCUGGAGAGGAGGAAGAGAAGAAAAGUAAGAAGCAAGAUGGAACUGUGGAAAAUCGAAACAAAGCUAAAGCCCAAGAUGGUGCAGCUAUGGAAAUGCAGCCUUUGAAAAGUGACGAAACGGGUGAUGAUGGAAGUGAAAGAAAUAAAAAAAGUCUCCCCAAAAAAGAGAAGUCUGUACUUCAAGGAAAGCUAACAAAACUGGCAGUUCAAAUCGGGAAAGCUGGAUUGGUGAUGUCUGCUAUUACAGUUAUAAUUCUUGUUCUGUUUUUUGUGAUUGAUACGUUUUGGGUUCAGCACCUCCCCUGGUUGACUCAGUGCACACCAAUUUACAUCCAGUAUUUAGUUAAAUUUUUCAUCAUUGGUGUUACUGUCCUGGUUGUGGCAGUACCAGAAGGUCUUCCCCUUGCAGUUACAAUCUCCCUGGCUUAUUCUGUUAAGAAAAUGAUGAAGGAUAAUAAUCUGGUCAGACAUCUGGAUGCCUGUGAAACCAUGGGGAAUGCAACAGCUAUAUGUUCAGACAAAACUGGUACCCUUACAAUGAACAGAAUGACUGUGGUUCAAGCAUAUAUUGCUGGCAAAUACUACAAGAAAAUUCCAGAUCCAGAUUCUCUUCCUGAGAAUACUAUGGACAAACUUAUUGCAGGAAUAGCUGUGAACUCUGCUUAUACUACAAAGAUACUGCCACCCGAGAAAGAAGGUGGCUUGCCACGUCAUUGUGGCAAUAAGACGGAAUGUGCCUUGUUGCAAUUUGUAUUGCAAUUGAAGAAAGACUACCAGACAAUACGAAAUGAAAUUCCAGAAGAGAAAAUGUUCAAAGUCUAUACCUUCAAUUCUGCACGAAAAUCUAUGAGUACAGUCCUGAAGAAUCCUGAUGGUGGUUAUCAAAUGUUCAGCAAGGGUGCAUCCGAGAUUGUGCUUAAAAAGUGUUCUAAAAUUCUCAAUGCAAAGGGUGAAGUCAAAGAUUUGAAGCCCCGAGAACGUGACAGUUUAAUUAAGGAAGUAAUAGAACCAAUGGCCUCUGAAGGACUACGCACCAUCUGCUUAGCAUGGAGAGAAUUUGAUAAUUCUCCAAUAGAUUGGGAUAACGAAAAUGAGAUACUUACUGACCUCACCUGUAUUGCUGUAGUUGGUAUUGAAGAUCCCGUAAGACCAGAGGUUCCAGAUGCCAUUAAGAAAUGCCAGGGUGCUGGGAUCACUGUGCGAAUGGUUACUGGUGACAACAUUAACACGGCUCGUGCAAUUGCUACAAAAUGUGGCAUUUUGCAGGCCGGUGAUGACUUUCUAUGUUUGGAGGGUAAACAGUUCAACAAACGCAUUCGCAACGCAAAAGGAGAGAUUGAGCAAGAACGUAUUGACAGGAUCUGGCCCAGACUGCGUGUCCUUGCAAGAUCUUCACCCACUGAUAAACAUACAUUAGUCAAAGGCAUUAUUGACAGUAAUGCGUUAGAACGAAGACAGGUGGUAGCAGUCACUGGUGAUGGUACCAAUGAUGGCCCAGCAUUGAAAAAAGCUGAUGUUGGAUUUGCCAUGGGUAUUGCUGGAACAGAUGUGGCCAAAGAAGCCUCGGAUAUUAUUCUAACUGAUGAUAACUUCACAAGCAUUGUCAAAGCAGUAAUGUGGGGCAGAAAUGUGUAUGACAGUAUUUCAAAGUUUCUCCAGUUCCAGCUUACCGUCAAUGUCGUUGCAGUGAUUGUGGCAUUCACUGGUGCUUGUAUUACACAGGAUUCUCCUUUGAAGGCUGUGCAAAUGCUUUGGGUAAAUCUAAUCAUGGAUACAUUUGCAUCACUUGCUUUGGCUACUGAACCUCCCACAGAAGCACUGUUACUACGGAAGCCUUAUGGCAGAAAUAAACCACUCAUCUCUCGUACCAUGAUGAAAAAUAUAUUUGGUCAUGCCAUCUACCAACUUGUUAUUGUUUUUACGCUCUUGUUUGUUGGGGAAAAAAUAUUUGAUAUUGACAGUGGAAGAAAUGCUCCUCUUCAGGCCCCCCCUUCAGAACACUACACAAUUGUAUUUAAUACUUUUGUCUUGAUGCAAUUGUUUAACGAAGUGAAUGCACGCAAAAUUCACGGUGAAAGGAAUGUUUUUGAUGGAAUUUUCAAAAAUCCAAUAUUUUGUACCAUCGUACUGGGAACAUUUUUGGUACAGAUCCUUAUUAUUCAAUUUGGAGGGAAGCCAUUUAGUUGCACUGAACUAACAAUUGAUCAGUGGUUAUGGUGUAUUUUUCUAGGAAUGGGAACACUUCUCUGGGGCCAGAUGAUUGCUACAAUUCCAACAAGUCGUUUAAAGUUCCUCAAAGAAGCUGGCCUUGGCACACAAAAAGAAGAGAUUCCAGAGGAAGAAUUAGAAGAGGAUAUUGAAGAAAUUGACCAUGCAGAGAGAGAACUGCGUCAUGGUCAAAUUUUGUGGUUUAGAGGUCUGAACAGAAUACAGACUCAGCUCAGAGUGGUGAAUGCAUUCCGUAGUUCCUUGUAUGAAGGAUUAGAGAAACCAGAAUCCCGCAGCUCAAUCCACAACUUUAUGACCCAUCCAGAAUUUCGAAUAGAAGACUCUGACACUCACAUCCCUCUUAUUGAUGAUAGUGAUACUGAAGACACAACACAGAAAAAACCUGAUUCCUCUCCUAGAUUAUCUCUCAAUGAAAAUAACAAUGCUGUUGACAGUGGGAUCCACCUUACAACCGACACAAGCAAGUCUGCUACCUCUUCAAUCCCAGGGAGUCCACUACAUAGUCUGGAAACGUCUCUCUAGUGCAAGUUGAAUGUUAGUACACAAGGUCUAGUGAGUUACAAGAAAAAAAUUGGGUCCUUUUACACUGUGUGAUUGACAAGAUAUUCUUGUCUUGGACUUCAGCAGAAGACACACCAAGAAUGUAGAUACUUUUAAGCUUUCUGCCAGACUAAGGGUGCUUUUGGAAUUCAAGUGACGCACAAACCUGGUAUAAAAAUGACUUGCUUUGAGGAUUUGUUCUGUUACAGAGGAUAAAAAAAAUCAACUUUAAGAAUUGUCCUGAGCAGUGUGUUAGCUGAACAUUUAGUUUUUCUUAAUUUCUGGAUGGUGUUUUUUUGCCCCUGGCUCAUUGAAUCUUUAAUUUCUGCUACUUGGCUGUUAAUAUUUUGAAUUAUUUAUGUUCUAAAAUGAUGCAGUUCUGUUUACAAGGUUUGUAGAUACUUUUGUUUCUGUUUGUAGGUAGGCUUCCUGACACAUGAUGCAGAGAAACUAAUCCUUAAUACUACUGUAUUUUCAGGAAAAGGGUGUUUCUAUUGAAACUGUACUAAAUAUGCCUGUGAUUUACUUUGUUAAAUACUGUAGAUAAAAAAGCUAAUACUUGUAGCCAAAUAGAUAACACUACUAAAACAAUGCUGAAAUCUUGUAACAGUUAUGGCCCCUUUCCCAGUGUAGUCCCAAAAUAUUUACACCGAUUUUUCAAUGAUUAUUUCAGAAUCUAGUUUCUCAGUUUUUGAGAAAUGAACUGCAUAAAGAAUUUUUCCUCUCAAAUAAGUAUGGGUGAAAUGUUAAUUGGAAGAAUACAUCCAUGUAUAAUGAGAUGCUUCAGAGUAUUUGUCAGCUCAUCAAAUGGAUUAAAUUAAAUGCAUCAUUAUCUUUGUCUGUGUUUGUCCUUGGAUAUUAGUUUAGACUUGGUUAGCUGUGAGCAGGAUUUUAUUUCCCUAGAAAAUUUUAGAAAUUUUCACAAGGGCUGUUUAAAUAUCUAUUAAUGUGUACUAUAGCAUCUCAAACUUUUAUGAACUUAAUAAGCUCCCUCACUUAAGUAUAAUCAAUUCUGGAAAACCCAACACUGUAUCAUGCAAUGUACCAGGUAAUUGAUUUCAAUCUAAAUAACUCCCCUUGCAUCAUGGUUUUAAUUGAACAGGAUUGAUAUGGUGGCAAUCUUGUAUGGCACAUUUGUGAUAAAUACAAUAUUUUUUUGAAUGAUGUGGGGUAAUUUGCAAGAAUAUGUAACUCCCUGCAGCGUAACUGAGGCGGGAAGUUCAAAACUACUUCGAUGCUGCAGUGGUCAUUUGUCUUGCACCUGCCUGCAGUUAGUGUAAUUGUUUCCUUCAACUCCCCACCCAAUAAAUAUUAAACUUUAAAAAGAUCUAAUGUUAAAACUUUUUACACUUUUAAUUUGUAAAACUUUGAAGAAAAGGGUUUUUUUUUGGGAGUAGUUGUCAUGGGGAAAACAACUGUACAGCAAGACUUUCUGUUAAAUUGUGAAUUUCACAUUUCCUGUAUCCAAACUACUUUUGCAGUUUAAAAAAAUAUUACAGAGCAUCAAGAGGAAAAGGUUUAGUGAACUGGGCUUUUAGUGUCCUAUUUUUGACCAUUUACAGUAAUUUCUAUUACUAAUGCCAACUGAGUGUCAAUUUUGAAACCAAAUUAUUAAAUGUUUAAAGAAAUACUGAAUAAUGUAUGUCAGAUUUUCCUUGUGUCAGAUGUUUUUAAUUUGUACCAAAGGUGUUACCAAAGGAGUGGGGGGUGUAUGUUUUUGCUAUACAAUCUUCAGGUAAAUGACCACAGGGACAAUUUCCUUAUUUAAACAACAGAUUCUGGGAUGAAAAAUUUCUCUAUUCCCCAUUGAAUGGUUUUAUUGAAAAUGAUUAUCCUUGUAAAGUGCAUUUAUUUCAAUAAUUAAAUGGUGACUGGAUACGAGUUCAAGUUGACCACAAAACUAAAAUAUUUCAACAAUUGUACACAUUUUAUCUUUAACAACAAAAAAAUGCUUGACUUUGUGAUGAAUAGUGCAUAUUGUGCAAUUAUAUUCAAAAGUUGCUUAUUCAUUGAUUACCUCCGAACAAGUCUCCAACACCCCCUGCUUGGUGAUCUAUAACUCCUGAUCCAGCUAUAUAUCUUAAAAUCCCGCCUUGCCUUGCUCCCUCUAUGCUCUAGAGUUCCUAAAUCUUUUCAUCUGCUACAUGUUCCACAAACAGUUCCUCUGUGACUUAAGAUUUUGGUCCUAACAUUUGCAUGCCUUGGAGUCCAACUUUGUCAGAUGAUUUUUCCUGAAAGGCACCAUGGGAGUUUUUUCAACCACAUUAAAAGCUUUCUUAAAAAUGCCUGUUGGUUGUCCACCUCAUUUGAUUGGGCAAUGUCAUUAAUUUGUAACUCAUCUGUAUUCUUCACCAUUUUAAAUGCCUAGAUCUGUCACAUAUCCAAACUGUUAUGUUGUACCAUCCAUUAGAUUGUUUCUUGAUCCAGUAAUAUUUUGGCAUGAGCUGUCAUGGGGGUCCUGUGUUUAUGCUCAGCUUCCCAUGACACUACAGAAGAGCUGCAGGAUAGGAAGUUCACUACAUUUCCCAUAUGUGGUUCCCAAUAUGAGAUAUGCAAACUCUCAGAUUGAGGGGUACUCCAAAGAUUAGAGUGGGUCUGCAACGCUUUAAUAAUAUUUUGAAUAGAAAGCGUGCAAAGUGUAUUUGACAUCAGCUGUCCUGCUGGAAAGCUGCUACCAGUCCUGGGGACAGCUCCUACCCCUUAAAGGUACUGAUGAUCACUGCAUUAUGGGGGGGUGGGGAGGAUUGCAUUCCUAGGAAAUGGUCCAUAUCACAACUUUCCAUAAUGUGAAGCUGCAUCAUCUGCACAUGCAUCAAGAAACGAGAAUUGAAGAAAAUUUAAUUUUAUUUACUUUCUUUACAACUUCUGUGAGCAAAUUUUAUUCCAUCUCAAAUUUUUGGGUAGUGAUUUGUGAAUUGUGUAAGGGACAAUUUCCAUUACCCAAAUGGUUGUAAAAUGGGGAUCAGCUGUAUGUUAGUCAGGGAUUUGGGAUGGAGCAUACUUCAAUUUGAACUAGUGACAUUUUUUGGAAAGAUUGGGAAUUGUUCUAUAAAAACACUUCAAAAUAAAUUGACAGUAAAGUGCUUUGGGGUAACCUCAUAGGAAUAGUAAAAGUAACGUGUAAAUGUAUCCUGCACAAACACCCAACUAUCCUGUGCAAGUUGUUACUCUGAUUAGUCUACUGAGUGCAAUUGUAACAUUCUUUUAUGAGAUGUAGCUGAUAAAUGUAGCUAAUGCAAAGAAAACUAUAAUAUUUGAUUAGUUUUAAGAUUUUCCAUAAGUAAAUUGGGCAUCUUUGUACAACAAAGCAUUCAUUCAGGCUUUGUCACAUUGAUAACCUGUGAAUUUUGUAAUUCCUCUGCAUGUACUAGUUGAGAGAUCAUUAACUAGUAUUGUCACUUUGUGGAGUAAAAGUUCGAUCUUAUGCCAGUUUUGGCCACAGAAACUGGAAAAUUGUCCUAAUUCAUAGCAUAAUUAUAAAUUAACAUUGUGCACACAGUAUAAUGCAAUAUGGAUGUUAUAAAUGUCAUAUCUGCAAAAGGAUGUCUUGGGUGUAAAAAUCCCCACAAAAAAUGAAUUGUCGGAAUGUUGU